AGUUAAUGAGAUCGGCAUCUCAAGAUGUGUUGGAACAAGCGACAGAGUCUCCUACUUCUGUGUUAUCUGAAAACCAUUCAGAUACAUCUGCCAGAGCUGAUACAUGUACUCCCGAAGGUAGCUGGUCACAGUUAUCAUCCACUCUUGCUCUUGAUGCCAGUGCUUCUUGUGCUGCUGAAGCACCUACGAGAACCGAACUAGUGAAUGAAAAUGGAAAAUAUAAUCCCGAUGAAGAAGUUUCUCCGUAUCAGGAGCUUUCAUCUCACAACGACAAGGAAGAUCAAUCUGCUGUGCAACAAACUGAAGCUCUUUGCCCUGUAGACGCGGUUCCUUUUCCAUGGCUGAUGCUUUCAUCAUGUUCGACUCAGCAAGGGCUCGACAAGAAAGGCAAUCUCGACAGCAAUGAAGAGAAGGAAGUGUCUUCCAGUGGUUCAACAACUGAUUCAGACAGAGAAAAGAGCUCGGAUACUGACAGCCGACGUCCCUUGCUUGAAAUGAGAGGGAAGCAAACGCACUCGCCUCUAGAUUAA